AUGUGUGUGUGUGUGAUGGUUGCGCAAUCAGACGACAUCGUUGCCAGGCUGCGUCCUCCCACCCACCCCUUCAAGAACUGGCGAGACCAGACUGAAGCCUACCGGCCAGAUGGUCAGUUAGCUUGUCGAGGGGGAUCGCGAGCCAUGCGAGCAGAAGGCUCAAGAGGUCUUGUCAGGGUUGCGAGGGCCAUAACAGACUUAAGCGGUCUCUUUUUCAACAUGUCCAACUUGAGUUUGCUUACUUCUCCCGGCUGCUCUUCCUCAGGCCCUCAUUCCCACUUCCCUCCGGACUCGGUGUCUGGCUCCAACCAGCCAGACUCUGCAUCCAACUAA